AUUGAGAAGUUUAAGAAGCCUGGUGAUGACAUGAAUGGCGACAUGGCUAGCUUGUCCACUCUGCUUGCAAACAGGAAAAAAGGACACUUUAUGAAGGGUGAUGCCGUCAUUGUUAUUAAAGGCGAUUUGAAAAAUCUAGAGGGUUGGGUUGAGAAAGUAGAGGAUGAAACCGUUCACAUCAGGCCAAAAAUAUCUGAUCUCCCGAAAACAUUAGCCUUCAAUGAAAAGGAGCUUUGCAAAUAUUUCAAGCCUGGUGACCAUGUCAAGGUGAUCUUAGGAGUUCAAGAAGGCGCUACUGGCAUGGUUGUUAAAGUGGAAGGGCAUGUCUUGAUCAUUUUGUCUGACACAACUAAAGAACAUAUCCGUGUGUUUGUUGAUCAUGUCGUUGAAAGCUCUGAAAUUACCACAGGAAUCACCAGAAUAGGUGAUUAUGAACUGCAUGAUCUUGUCCUACUCUGUUCUAAAAUGUAGUAGCUGUUGUUAGAUGAGCUAUGCAAG